CUUUCUAAACCAAAACUAACAGGUAUCAGGUGCAAACGUGGUUGUGCAUGAUUCUAAAGCAGGGACUAGUGAUGCCUUCAAGGACAUCAGACCAAGCUCGCUUUACUCAAAGUCUUUUUUUCAUGCUUUCAUUCUUUCUGGUCAAAGUUGAUUGCUCUUGUUUGCAAAGCGUUCAAAAUCUUAGAAAACAGUAAGUUACUUACUUGUGUACUAAUUUCUGUGGCAAAAAAAGUUGUCCAUCUAUUGACUAUUGUUCUUUAUCGGUUAUCCAAACUAACACAACAUGUGCCUCAAGCUUUGGUGUAUUAUAUAAUAUCAAACUGUCUACCUAACCCUUGAUCCACCAACAAACCUCCUAUGGAGUAAUGUUAUAGUUGGCUUACUCUGAUCAUUCCGUGCCACCAUCUUAACGGAUGAGCUUCUGUGUUGAAAACCCACUCGUCUAAUGAAAUAACCAAUGAAUGCGAAAAGAGAAGAUAUAGAUACUUAAGAGUGUCAGCUAAGAAGAAGCUUUGCAUCUUGUUUUAGCACCUGUAUUGCCUUAAAAUGAAGAAGGAAACAUUAAUAAUGAUGAACAUGGGUUUCUGAUUUUAAAAUAGAAAAAAAAAGAGAAAGAAAGAACUUGCAUCCUGCAAGCCAACGUAUCCAGAUUCUAUACGAGAAUUAUUCUCAAAUGCUUGAAAUAUAUUCCAUCCCCACACUUGAUAUGUCUUGUUUCCAGUUAACCGCCAGAGGUAAAAUAGUGACUCAACAGUUUCUUGUCUUAAGAUGUUCCAACACUCAUAUCCUCAAACAGUCAUGUGUUUGUAGGUAUGACCAAACCAACCCACUUACAAACAGAUGCGCAAAGUAAACCCUCUAUUCACCAACCUGUCCUGCACACGGAAGAUUAUGGAAAGCUAAUACUUGUAAAUUAUUCUGGAAGCUAAUGCUCGAUUUGUAGCACAUUUGAUUCAUUAGUUUGUCUGUCGACAUGACAACAUUUAUAAUUUUAGGGUGCUCCUAGAGACUUACCAAAGGGGCUUCUCAAACAGCUCAAAAUCAUCCGUUUGGAUAAGAAUAUGUAAGCAAUUUACAUAUACUCAUUAUUAGUGUUAUAAAUGAGUAUAUGUAGAUUGAUCUUGAGGCUGAUCAAAUGAUUGUAUUAGUGGCCAAUAACAUAAGCAACUCACGGUGAGAAGAGAACACUUUGGCUCUUGCCAUUACACGCAAGAGAAAGAUCUCAAAAGAGAGUGAUCAUCCCCCAAGUGCUAUAUAGCUUUAUCAUUUCCUUUGAAAGAUUUGAUCAGUGGCAAUAUGGUGACAAUGCUAUCUUGAUGUAAUGUUGCAGUCUCUGUUAUAAGACAACUAACUUUUAUUUAAGAUCUCACCAAAAGAGUGUGAUUCUCCUUAUAGCCAGAGUUUUAGAUUCCAUACUUUUUUUCAAAUAAAAGGAAAAUGCUUUGCUAAACUUGAGGAGUAUCUCAUCUUAUCCGAAAAAUCCACUCAUAGUUUAGUUUUCUAAAAUAAUAUUUGACUUGUUCAAAUUUUUAACAUAGAUUUCAUCUUAUUUGCUCGCUUUAUCUUUGAGAAUAGGUCAAAGAAAAUAGAGAAAGAAUAUUCUCAUACUUCUUCUGUUUCACUUGUAUGCUUUUAGAUUAAAAAACAUACUAAUAAUUAUAGAAAAUCAAAAAGAAUUAUUAAAAUAAAACUUAAGAUAACUUAACCAAUCAGCGAUUACCGAUUCCAACAUCUCCGGGACCAAAGCAAAGCUUUCUCUUCUUAUUUUGUUUUUCCUGGGAAAACAAACCAGACUUGCAUGCUGUGAAGACUCUGAAAUGCAACCAUCGCAUCGCCUCUUCUCUCGUCUCUUUCAUUCUCCGGUGAAGGGUUACAGCAGAGCGACAAAUGUAGGCGGCUCACUUCACGUAUUGUUGCAAUUCGACGACACAAACAACGGAGCUGUAGAGACCCCUCGGAGUUUUAGCUCUCUUAUCCGUUCCACUUGGCAGUUAAGAGGGUUUCUAUCUAGUCGAGGAGGUCUUGGCGGCGUACGAUGCUCUGUUUCGCUCGAUAGAGAUACACCCCUUAUUGAGCCGUAUACUUCUCACCGGAAUUUGUUCACUCGGGCUAAACAAGUCAAGAGAAUUGAGAUCAGUGAUCAACAUAGUCAAAGAGCUGUCACUACUGCACUAUGGUGCAACUUCCUUGUGUUUUCUCUCAAGUUUGGUGUUUGGUGGACAAGUUCUAGCCAUGUCAUAAUGGCUGAAGUGGUUCACUCCGUCGCUGAUUUUGCUAACCAGGCACUUCUUGCUUAUGGUCUCAGUAGCUCAAGGCGUGCACCAGAUGCUCUUCAUCCCUAUGGCUACUCAAAGGAAAGAUUUGUAUGGUCUUUGAUAUCUGCUGUUGGCAUCUUUUGCCUUGGGUCUGGUGCUACCAUUGUUAAUGGAGUACAGAACUUGUGGACUUCUCAGCCACCUCCAAAUAUGGAAUAUGCUGCUGUGGUAAUCGGUGGCUCUUUUUUAAUUGAAGGUGCAUCACUUCUAGUUGCAAUACAAUCUGUGAAAGAAGGAGCUGCACAAGAAGGCAUGACCAUAAGAGAUUAUAUAUGGCGUGGUCAUGAUCCUACUUCUGUUGCUGUUAUGACUGAGGACGGCGCUGCAGUGGCAGGUUUGGCAAUAGCUGCGGCUUCUCUGGUCGCUGUUAAGAUGACAGGAAAUGCUAUUUAUGAUCCUAUAGGAUCCAUUGUAGUUGGCAAUUUACUUGGAAUGGUGGCUAUUUUUCUCAUACAACGGAACCGACAUGCCUUGAUUGGAAGAGCAAUGGAUGAUCAAGACAUGCGUAAAAUUCUUCAUUUUUUAAAGAACGACUCGGUGGUAGAUGCUCUAUAUGAUUGCAAAAGUGAAGUGAUUGGUCCUGGAUCCUUCAGAUUUAAAGCUGAAAUAGAUUUCAAUGGGCAGGUUGUUGUCCAAAACUAUUUGAAGAAAACUAAGCGUGAAGAGUGGGCAAAACUAUUUCGCGAGGCUGCAAAGAAAGGAGAUGAUCCUGCAAUGCUCAAUAUUAUGUCAAACUACGGUGAGGAAGUUGUAACGGCUUUAGGAAGUGAAGUAAUCCGUUUAGAGAAACAGAUCCGAGAGCUUGUCCCUGGAAUCCAGCACGUUGACAUCGAAGCACACAAUCCCAUGGACCAAUCUCUAUGAUCUGAAAAAAAAAAAGUUGCUGUUCUUCAAGGUCUGAGUAGUAGUUAUGGAUAAUUCUAUUUUGGCCUAAAUAAUGGAAACCAAAGGUGUGGCUGUAGUAAGAAGCCUGGCGCUCUUGGAGAAAUAGACAGAAUCACAUUAAAAUCACAGGUAUGUGAGUGUUAUGUCUCCAUACUCGUGUAGGUUCGACUCUUUUUUGCUAUACGUUUACUCGAAAGACAAAGGAUUUAGGUUUUGUCAGUUACCAAAAAAAAAAGGAUUAAGGUUUUGUUUUGUAAAAGGGCAACAAUUGUAUCUCCAUUAGAGAAUACUACUAGCGAUGCAAAGUGAUUUUUCUUGAUCAUCA